UCCUAGAAACAGUCGUUCUUCAACGCCUACCCCACUUGCGCGUGGGCGCAUCUAAUAGAUAACCCGUUAAGCUCCGCCAUCAUAUGCAGCACGGUGCGGUCAGUGCAGUGGUCACCCUUAGGGAGGCCGUUUGGGGCCCUGGGCCUUGGCCCAGCUGCCCGGCUAGGGAAGUGAGUCUGACGAGUGGGCUUCGGGAGCAUGCCUUUAAACCCUUACGCACCAGAGUGGAAGCCGCCGGCGCUGCGUGGUCCACCCAGCGCCGGGGCCAAGGCCGGCGACGAUGAGGAAUUCGUGGAAGCAUUUGACUUAGCAGGCCUUCCAGAGCAGGUCAUUUCUUUAAUUAUCGCGUGCUUAACGAGCCCAGUUGACCUAACAAGGUGCGCGUGCGCUUGCAAGCUACUCCAGCGGCAUGUGUGCGAAGCGGAACUCUGCCUUGAUAUCCGUGGCGUUAAGACUCUGGCUGGUCACACCAACAUGGGCAACAGCGAGGAGAAGGCUGGCCAUCGCUCGAAAGCUCUUGUAGGGCUGCGCAAAUAUAUGCGGGGCACGGUGGCGCUCUUGUUGCCCAAUGCCUCCUUGGAAGAUGCCGAUGUGGAGGAGCUCCUGACCACACUUCCCCAGCUGCAGCUGCUCGACGUCUCAGGCGGUCGCAAGCUAACACACGCAAGCGCCUCUGCCAUCGCCCAAUCCAACACCUCAGUAGCAGCGCAAGCUUGCGCCAGCACAUGCUUCCCUGAAACAGCAGAAAGCUCGGCCACAUUGGCUGCUGUACAUGACGAAGGCAGCCAGCAUCCCCCGCUUUCAGAAGCCGCGCCUGUGCCUGCUACCGCAGUCAGCCUGGACUCAACGCUGGCACGUCGCAGGUCCCUGCCGUUGCGUUUCAUUAACAUGCAGCGCUGCUUCCAGCUGCACAGCGGCAGCCUGGGCAAGCUGCUGGGCACCCCCGGUCUGCGCUGCCUCGCACUGAGCCACCUCGAUCUGGGUCACUGGCCCAACCCUGCCGCCAUGCAGUGCGCCCUGGCAGCAGAGCCCACGCAUCGCUCGUCUGGAUUGCAGGUUCUGGCGCUGCACAACUGCCUGCGUCUUAACGGACCUGCCAUCACCGCCCUGGCUUCACUCGUCGGCGGGCUGCCGGAAAGCAGCAGCAUCAACAACAGCAACAGCACAGUCCCCUACAGGGUCCCUCAGGCAGCAGCCUCAGGCGUGCGCUUUCUCAUGCUCGGCGGCAGCACCCUUGCUCUCGCAUCCUUCCUAGACAACAACAGCAGCAGCAGCCCUUCCGAUGUCACCCAGCCCCCCCUGCCACCCCACCUCGAGGAGCUGCUCGUCUCCUCCUACAAACCCGCCUCCACCAGCACAGCAGCCACCGUACAGGCGCAUCUGGCCGCCGUACGACACCUAGUGGCGGCGGCGCUAGCCAUGCCUCAGCUCCUGGCCUUGGAGCUCACCUUCUUUCCGCCUCCGCUGGUUGCGUGUGUGCGUCGUGUGCUGGCGGAUGCAGCCGCAAUGGAUCGCACUCCCGUUGUCGUGUGGGACUUUUCUGGGGAGGCUCGGGACGUGCAGGCAGCCCGACGUGCCUUGGAGCGUACCCUGCGUGUGGCUCGACGUGCAUGUGAGGAGGUGAUGGAUGAAGGAGAAACAGGCAUGGGUGGUGUCGGAAGCCGCGGUGGCGGCAACCGCAGUGGCGGCAGCGGUGGCAUGCUGGAUGAAUUUGCGGUGGCGGCCAUCAUGCGUUGCGCUGUCAACUGCUCCAACGUAACACGCAGCACGCCGUUGCACACGGCAUCGGAGCGCGGGGACGCGGGUGGCGUGCGGCACCUUCUGGAUGCUGGGGCUGCGGUGGACGCGCGGGACACCGCCGGCAGCACACCGCUGUUCCUGGCGUCCGAAGCGGGUCACAUGGAGGUGGUGACGCGGCUGCUUGCGGCGGGUGCAGACCUCCGCCAGAGCAACGCAGCCGGGGAGACCCCGCUGUACAUUGCUUCGCUACGCGGGCACUUGGGCUGCGUGAAGGAGCUCCUGACGCACUGCAAGAAGCACGGUAUUGCAUGGCAGGAGGCGGAGCUGUAUGGGGAUGCGUGGACGCCGCUUCAUGCGGCGGCGGUGGCUAACCGGGCGGACGUGGCAGCGUGUCUGUUGCAGGCCGCCGGCACCUCCCGUGCACCCCAGCUGGUAGUCGCACCCAACAAGUACGGAC